AUGGGAAGACGGCCGAACCCGCUCAUCCUGCAGUAUUUUGAGCGGGGCCCGAAGCUGCAAGACCAGAGCAAUCGCUAUCCCCACACCUGCAAAGCGUGCGGAGAACACUUUCCACGCGGCCGACUCGACAGCCUGACGAGCCAUCUGACCAAGAAAUGUCCGGCGAUCUCCGAAGCCGAACGUGUCAACGCCCUCUUGGCCCUCUCAGGCAUGAGCGAUGCCUCGCAGCGAUUCCAGCCGAGUCAGCCAUCUCAGGCGCCGGUACAAGCUCACAUUCAGGCCAAUGGCUCUUCGGUCGAUAUUCCCAUGCUCCAGCGCGACUGGACAGCGCUCGGUGUUCUCGCCGAAGUCUCGCGACAAAUUGACCUGAACGAGAAGAACGACGACCGCGGUCUGCCGAAUGGUGCGGCCGCCGCGGCUCUCGCACCGCUUGGUCCGCAACCAUCGGAGCGCUUCGAGCUACAGGAACCACAGUUUGCGGCCGAUAACCCGCCCCUAAACCAGGACAAUGACACGGAACAUCCAAUCAAGGCCGAAACUCACCCGGACGAGGCAGACCGAGCGCCCACUGCUGAAGAACGUCUUCAAGAGAUUCUACGCGCCGAGGAUGCACGAUCCGACUCUGCAAACAUUACCAUGGCCGCUGCUGCCACGGCUCGCUUGAACCCCGCCUAUCUCGACCCCGAGAUUCUUGGUGAAGAAGCCGCUGCCGCUGCGGAGGCUGCGACUGCUACUGCCAACGUCGCCGCCGUUGCCAUUGCUACAGCAACGAACAGCCUCCCGGUGGCCGACAUGAGCGGUACAGAAGAGCCGACUUCUGCUCCAAGCGUUUCCUCAGUUCCAACACCACCUGCGCCGCCGCCUUGGGGGGAAAUUACAUAUGCGACCGAUUCAUUUCAGGCGACCGUAAUCAACAAUGCUCCCAUCCAAUCUACAAUGGCCCCUCUCGGCAAAGGUGUUUUCCGCUUGGACGCUGGUCCGAAUGGGGCAAAGUCUCGCCACUCGAGGGCCCGUUUCAAUGCAACGAGGAGAAAGGAGGUCCAGGAGGUGCGGAAGAUUGGCGCUUGCAUCCGGUGCCGAGUCCUCAGGAAGACUUGCUCCCAAGGUUCGCCUUGUGAUACCUGCCGCAAGGUUCUGUCGCCGCGUGUCUGGCGAUCAGGCUGCGUUCGUACCAAGUUCUCAGAACAGUUGGACCUAUACUCCGCCGGGGUACAGAUCGUUCUUGCCCAGGCCAGGGUCAACUCGAUCAAGCAAGCCAUGGCUCUGGGCAGCCACGGCGUUGUCGUUGAGGCAUGUCAUUUCCCAGAUUGCGCUCCUCGCCUGCAGCUUCAGGUGUUGCAGCGAAACCCAAACAGAGACGCUGAGGGAAAGAGUGUGGACCCGGCCGUCAUCGAUGACAGGCCGUCCACAUAUCCCAUUGUCAUGCUCGACAACGACAACCAGGAUGUACCAACCAAAGUUGAGACAUACAUGCGCGAGAUAUUGCAAGACAUGAUCAACCGUGAACCUUCCCAUUUCAUGCAGGUUACCCUGCAGACCGCCUCCGAUGUCGCCGGCAGGACGAACGACGAGCUGCUCAAGAAAGCGCUUGAGCUGUGGGGUCUCGUAGAGAUACUUGACCGAGAGCGUCAAUGGACGAUUAGCGCCAAAGCAUGGGCCGAAGACGCCCCUGCAAAGUCGAUUAAGGAAGAUACAGACGGAGAGCUCUUCAAUACGAUAUGUCUUCAGCUUGCGGCCGCCGCGGAGAGGAAGGCGGCUGCCACUAGCAAGGCGCUCCUCACCGGAAUGCAGCGCGUGCUCCAAGACAGCAAAGUCAAAAUCGACUUCAACAUGUACUUCGCCGUGCUCAUCCUUCUGAACUGCGUCGAGAAGUCCAGUUGGGCCUUCAAGGCCUGGGAGCAGGAAAACUUGCGGCACCUCUGGCCGCUAGAGAAGGAGCCCGUCAGUUUCGCCCAGCAGGGCUAUGUCAUUGCCAAUCUCUUACACAUGCUGCUGGGCAUUCGCAAGGCGCUUCCUCGGACAACACGCCGGGAUGUGGACGGCAAGCUGGUAACGGAGGACGAGAGCCCGGCCAUGAAGGAGUAUUUUGAGGCGAUCAACCUUGACUUUGCCCAAGUGAAAGCAAAGCAGGAGCGCCCGGCUUUCUCGCCCACCGAUUCUCGCUCAUUCGAGCUCUUGUUUUGUUCGACUCUUCUUUUGCCCAAUACCGACCUUUGA